UCUGCGAAAUAAAAAAAGCAUAUUCUUUCUCUGUCCUCCCUCCUCUUAUGUCUGCAUCCAUCGCUCGUCCUUUUCGUCUCCCCUCCUCCUCUGUUCCAGCGUAACUAAUUGGUUAAUGCUUUCAGAUUCUUUUGCCCCUUCUCUCUACUUCCCCUUCACUAACUCUUUUAUUCCAAAUUCCACCCAAAAAUCGAUACAAAAGUAAAGCAGAACCCACCAAUUAAUUCCCCUCAACCCCUCCAAUUUCCAUUAUUUUGAUCGGAAAAAAUGGAUCUGUGGUCAGUUCAUAUCAAAUACAAUAACCCAUCUCCCAUUUUUGCUCGAAGUUCAUUUCCAGAGAAACCCAGUUCGUUUAAUUUUGUUAAGAAUUCGCCAUUUUCAGUUGAAGAUGGUGGGCGUGUUUUUGAGUUUAGAAUUUCAAAGCGCAAGUAUUCUCUCUCUCAUAACAGUUCCUUCAUUGUUAAAUCUAUGGGGAAGAAGGAUUCUGAUAAUUUUUCAUCUUCUUCAGGGAAUGGUGAUCAUCCAAAAUCCGGGGGCAAUGGUCCCAAAGGAAAUAAUUCUAAUGGGAAGAAAUCGAACAACAACGCCAGUCAAAAGCCUCAUCACAUUACUUCAGACUGGAGAGAGUUUAGGGCAACACUCUUUGCUCGUGAGCAGGCAGAAUCUGUUGAUGAGUCCGGCAGUCAUGGCCAUGAUGGGUCACAUUCACAUAUAGAAUCAAAACCACUUGGUAUGAAGUGGGCCCAUCCUAUUUCAGUACCAGAGGCAGGGUCCAUUCUUGUUGCCACAGAAAAGUUAGACGGUGUUGGUACUUUUGAGAGAAGUGUGGUUCUCCUCCUCAGAUCUGGGACUCGACACCCUCAAGAAGGUCCCUUUGGAGUGGUAAUAAACCGCCCACUUCAUAAAAAAAUCAAGCACAUGAAGCCCAAUAAUGUAGAACUAGCAACCACCUUUGCUGACUGUUCGUUGCACUUUGGUGGGCCUCUCGAAGCAAGCAUGUUUCUGUUAAAAACAGGGGAAAAACCCAAGAUCCCUGGAUUUGAAGAGGUGAUCCCUGGCCUGUGUUUUGGUGCUAGAAAUAGUUUGGACGAAGCAAUGGGAUUGGUGAAAAAAGGGUUGCUUAAGCCCAAUGAUUUCCAAUUCUUUGUUGGAUAUGCUGGUUGGCAACUUGAUCAAUUACGAGAAGAAAUUGAUUCAAAUUAUUGGCAUGUGGCUGCAUGCAGCACUAACUUAUUAUUCGGUAGUUCACCUGUUUCGUCAGAAGGUUUGUGGGAAGAGAUAUUACAACUAAUGGGGGGUCAGUACUCGGAGCUCAGUCGAAAGCCUAAGCAAGAUCUGUAAUUCUACCUUCUUCUUCACGGCAACAGCGAGAUGCAGGAACUUAUAUAAUCAAUAAUAAUAAGCUUGUGGUGGAAUUUAAAUUGGUAAGAUAUAUUUGUAUGUUACGUUAAAGUGUUAAACUGAAUGUGUACAUAGAAUUGAAGAAGACUUGAGUAGUUAGCCCUUUGUUCAUUUACUUGUAUUGUAUGUAGUAAUACUGCCUUUUUAAUUUUACUGUCAACUGCAGAAUGAUGAAAGACCUUUUUAUAAAGAGAAACGUAGUCCACGCCAUCCAGAUUCCUGCUAUCA